UCUCCCGGUAUCAUUCGUGGAACAUUCACGGAUUGAAAUGGAUUGUGCUGCAACGGUCCCAUCAUCAUGAUAUUUUACUUCUUCUUAUUGUUUCCUAUUUCCUAUACAGUCUUCGCCUGUUUUCGUCUUCCAGCACGCAGGUUGGCCCCCUGAAGUUGUUCCGGUGAACGUGCAGAGUGACGGAUUCAACUUUGGAACAGUGCAGUGGUGUUGUGAAUAACUCCGUUUGGCCUCUGUGAAUCGAAAAAUAAGAUGAAUGAGGCAAGUGGGUACGGGAGCGAAUCCACAGAAGAUAGUAAUGACAUGCUGUGGGAAACAAUCAAAGUUGAUCUCGGCUUGAAUAGGGCAUGUCAAACUGAACAACUUCAAUCUUUGAAGGGAUUGUCGGUCAAAUUAUCACCUAGUAAACGAAAAGUACGUAAACAUGCAAAGAGGAGCCUAAAGCAUAGAAAAAGAUUUCAUUCCAAGAAGGCGGCUAUCAAGACAGCUUUAUGUAUGAUCAGAGCUGUGACUCGAAAAAUAAGAUUUGGCCGAAAAGUUUCUAAUGGCAAUAAUGGUUAUACUUCAGUCAUGAAUUUCAAGGUGCUUGAUUAUGCUCCCAAAAUUGUGGUUGGCAACAAGCCUGUCUCUCCACCUGUCACUGAACAUCACUCUUUACCUGUCAAUGAAAUUUCCGCCACCAAUGAAGACUGUGGGAAUAAUGUUGAGCAGGGGCCCGUUCUGAAGGAUGAAGCAACUCAAACCACACUCCUCAGUUUAGAAGAAAAGUCCUCACAAACCAGCAUACAAGAAAAUUCUAAUUCAGACCUGUGUGAUGUUGCCAAUUCACAUAUCACCAUACAACCCAAAUCUUGUGGAAGGGCAUUUGUCCCUUCAUGUGCUUGUUGCUCUAAGCCAGUGAUCAAUGUGUUUCCCUGUUCGGGUUUACAACAAGAAAGAGAGUUUCCACAACAAACAUGCCGGCAAAUGGAGGCCAGUCAUGCCAGCAAGCGAGUUCCUGAUGGGAGUCUUGGUACUCAAUACACUCUAAAGCAGAUAUGUGAAGAAUUACUUUUCCAGUUUUCUACCAGAAGAGAGAAUUUUGCUGACAAACAAAGAACUGAGGAGAAUAAUAAUGUGAGGGAUUGUUCUGCCGGGACUUCCACUACUCCUUCAAAUACUGCUGUUUCAAAUCUGAAGGCAGUAGUCCAUUCUCUUGAAAACGCGCAAAGUGAUCUUCAAAAUAAUAUGGUAGCUCAUCAACAGGUGGGGCCAACCAUUAUCAGAACUGCAAGAUCAGAGACUCAGUGUGCACCUCCUGCUGUGCAAUCUAAAACAAUGUGUUUAAAGCCAGUUCCAGAGGAGAAACGUAUGACUCCAAAAUCUGCUUCUACUAUUUCUAAGUCUGUUCUUUCUUGUGUGACCCCAGACCUACUCCAGCUUGCUGGGGAUUGUACUAGAUUUCGUACAAGUCCUCCCCCUGAGGGUCAACGUCAAGAUGCACAUCUAUUCAAGGUUCCUUCUCCACCUAAAAAGAUUGAACAACAAAAAGGUCUUGCCGGGAAAAUGGAUUGCCUUGAAUCAAUCAAUGGUCCAACCAUCAUUUCGCUUGAGGAAAAUUCAAAUAAACUUCUUCAAGAAAUGCUGGCUGCUGGGCUUGUUACAAUAAUUCAUUCUGAGGACAAAACAGAAAAUAUUCCCUCCAACAUUAUUCAGAAUGAAAAUGAUUCUGUUAAAAACUCUUCAGUUCCAACUGACUGCAAAACAGGAAAUCAGAUAAAUAGUUCUCCUAAAUCUUCUGUGACUAACUCACUGAAUAGUUCAGAGGAUUUUGUUCUUGUGAUGGAUGCAGAAGAAAAUGAUCAGAACAUGAUUUGUAAUGAAGAAGUUGCAGGUCCUACAUCCCCUCAAACAAAUGAAAAUAAUGUGCCUAUCAUCAAUGAAAGCAAAACUGAAGAAACUCAAAUGGAUGUUAGGCAUUGUCAAACCAAUGAGCUGAAAGAUAAUGCCUGUAAAGCUAAUGCAAUCAGCAGUACAACCUCUGAUGAUGAAUUAGCACAUACUAGUGAAAAGGACAUCACAAGGAACAAUUCUGACUGCCACUUAAACGAUUUUGAAACUACAGUCCCUGCAAAAAUGAAUGAAUUGAAUAGUCAAGCAACAGAAAAGAUGAUAAAGGAUUCCGUAGCAUUUGAGGAAAUGGAUGCAUCUGAAAUGGAGAAUAUUCUUAUGGUAUGGCGCCAGCAGGAACAACUUCAUAAAGAUCCUCAUCAGAAAUCACCUCCUUCGAGUCAAAACUUUUUGUUCAUGACAAAGAAAACCCGUGAACUGCCAGCAGAACUCAAAAAUGUUAGAGUUUUUCAACCUCCACCCCUGAGGAAAGGAGAAGUUGGCAUUUCAGCCUUACAAAUUUUGAAUGAGAAAGAAAAUGAACCUGCAGUGGUAGAUGAGGAUGAUGUUCCUGAAGUUUCACCGACUGUUCUCCCAACUCCUAAGAAACGUAGGCUGUCACUUAAGAAAAAUCCUCCCUCUCCAUUACCUGUAGUCUUUCAUAAAGGUAAACAAGUAACCGAGGAUUUAAAGAUGAUAGAAGAUAUCCCACCCAUAAAAGAUACUGGACAUUCAUCACCACUACCACUUCCUCCAGCACAGGUGGAAGAGAACAAUGAUGGUGUGACCAGUGAAAUUGAUGAUGACUCUCCAUUAACAACGAGACUACGGAAGAGGAAGGCAAUUUCAUCAGUUUCAAAGGAAAAGGCUGUGUCUGUCUCGGGCUCCUCAAAGAAACAGGACAUUGCAAAAAAACAAACUGAUGUUGAAAAAUCUUCAACUGAUGACAAAUGUUCCAAGAAAGGCAAAGCUCAGAACGUUCAGCAACAAACUGGACUUUCCAAGAAUGGCAAAAUUAAGAAACCUGAAGUGCCAAUUGAAAUUUCUGCGGAAAACAAAAGUAAGAAAGCGGAGAAGACCAGUGAUGCAAAAGCUAAAGGAAAUCCACCAAAAGAGAGGAAAAAGACUUUAUCCUACAAUGAAAUAGUUGAAUUGGCACAGGGUAUGCAUGAUAAGAAACAAAAUUUUGCAGACCAAAUUAAAGAGAGAUUUGACGCCAUGAACAAAAAAUGGCUUAAAGAUAAAUCUACUAAGGAGGUUCCUGAAAAAGAUUUGGAUUUGGUGUCUCAGCCAACUAUGCCUCCCCCAUCCGUCCCAUCUCAAUUGAAUCAAGAGCAGAUUUUUCAGGAAAAAAUACGGAUGCUAAGAGAAGUUUCUGUGUAUGAACUUGGGAAGGCUCAUGACUUAGCAAUCAGUAUUCUGCUCAAUCCAUGGCGUGGAAUUAAUGCUCGGAGAGCAACUCGAGAUUAUGAGCCUCCAUCACAUGACAACAAGUGUGUUUCACGAUCUUUGUGGGAUUUGAGAAGUGGUGCAAGCCCGGACGAUAUUGUAAACCGCAUUAUGUCAAUGGGAUGGAAAGACGUGGACCUCUUUGCAUUGAAAUCAAUGGUAUCCAUGUUUGUGUUAUCUCUAGUUCGUACUGUGCCUUUCAUAAUUGAAGCAGCAAAAAUUGGUGAGGAAGAUGACACCUGCAGUAUUGUAAGUGAUUUGGAUCUAAACUUAAAGAAGAAAGCAACAUCUUUGAGAGUUGUUGCUACCAGGCACAUAUUCAAAGGAGAAUGUAUUGAUGGACUUAAUGGAUUGUUUAUAAAACCUUCAGAAAAAGACAAGGAUAAAAAUAGACUGAGGACGUGGGUCUUUCCCAAAUUUAAGGAAGGCCGCAACUUUGUAGUGCUUGGUCCUCUUGCUUACUUAAAAAGAAAAGAAGGGAAUAGUAACACAGAGGCUCUUAUUUUGAAAGGCGAUGUUGCAAUUGUCAAAGCUACUAGACAGAUACUUUGUGGAGAGCGGCUACUGGUUAGUUUUGAACGCUUGGAAAAAUUUUUGGGUUCAAGAAUAUAAAGCAUACAUGGAAGAAAGUAUGAAAUGUAUUUGAGGGCUGUUAGAAUGCAUUCAACUAUGACCUCCUGGAAUAUUAUUAUUUCAAGCUCUUCCAUUUUAUUUGAGCAUCUUUUCGAAUUGUUGAUUCUUGAUUUAUUGUUGAAAAAGAAUACUUUAUUUUUCUCAUUGUUUGUACAUUACACCAUCUAGAUUGACAAUCUGGUUGGUGAAAAGAAUGGUUUGUUUUGUUUUGUAUUGAUGCAAAUUAUUACUAUUGUUAAUAAUGAAGAAAGUUGUGUUUCUGUUUAAUUUUUCUAUUCAGUUGAACAAUUUAUUGAAUGUUGAUUAAUAAUUUCACUUUAUCAUCUGUUAAUUUGCAAUUUUGUUUGUAAUAAAUUCUAAUCAAUCACUA